AUGAUGGCUCCUAUCAACAAGAACUACGUCGAUAUGGAUGAGUACGCUGUCACCACUGAGCUUCAGGCAAGCAUUUCUUCUCCUGUACUGUCUUCCCUGGCCACUGGUUCCGCUGAACUUGGCGUCGUUUUGACCACAUGGCUGGAGCCAGAGUGUGAUAAGCUCAUGAUGGCUCCUAUCAACAAGAACUACGUCGACAUGGAUGAGUACGCUGUCACCACUGAGCUUCAGGCAAGCAUUUCUUCUCCUGUACUGUCUUCCCUGGCCACUGGUUCCGUAAAUUGAUUGGCGAUAAUUGCAAUAACUUCUGGCCAAGGCAGUAUUACCAGUCUUCAAAUCCACCUCUUGUUUGGUCUUAUUCUACACACUAUUUUGAUUGGAAAAUCUUGUGCCCAAAUUUUGGAGAUUGGCAUUUUUUUGGUUGUU